CCGCGCCUGGGACGCCGCGGAAGUGCCUCGGACGCCUCUGUCGCGCCACGGGGUGCGGACGCCGCCCAUGCACCGUAGAUGCCUCCGACUGCCGCUGACGCGGUCAGUGCCUGGGACACCGCCAAUGAAGCUACUGUGCAGGAUCUUAGCGCAACACUGCUCUGCAAACUUGGACCAGGGCAGAGUGACGUAGCGGAGGAGCUGUGCCAGCGUCUGCAGCGAAAGGAAAGGAUGCUGCAGGACCUUCUGAGUGAUCAACACAAACAAGUGGUGGAACACGAAAUGGAGAUUCAAGGCCUGCUUCAGUCUGUGAACUCCACGGAGCAGGAAAGCCAAGAAAGUUGAUGCAGGCUGGUGUCCAGUGAAGAAAUCCCAGGUGCCCAGGAAGGGGAGGGCUGUGCAUGAUCUGCAAAAGGAAGCUGCUGCGCUGCUCCUGCUCCCAGGAGGUGGACCCCCAGGAUGGGCUUUAAGGUGGAGAGAGGGAUGUCAUUGCUCAUCCUCCAGGUUCCAAGUAGAAACCUCCCUGCCCAGCCCAUGUCAUUCUCCCUGAAUCUUCAAUGCUAAUGAGGACUGUCUCCUUCUCACCUCCCUGGACUGGGCUUUCUAUCACUGGAAUGUGGAUGUGAUUUCUAGUUUCAGCAUGUCCUGGCUUAUUGUGCUGCCAGGAAAAUAAAAUCAAAAUACACGUUGAAUAAAUAAUAAAAAACACAUAGUGAGCAAAGGCUUACAAAGUA